AUGGCUCCCACAACUGGCAAAAAACGUACGACAAUGCGCGCCAAAGUUGCCGCAGCCUCGCGACCUGCAACCACAGCUCCCGACGUGAAAACUUCAUCCGCAAACACAAAAGCCGGCAAACGAGCAUUAAAACACGAUACCCUGAUCUCACGCAUCGAAAAGUCACANAAGAAGCCUUUGAAACGCCGUCGCCCCGGAAAGAAGCUGAAUACUGCGCUGGACUCACUCGCCGACGCCUUGCCCGAGCUGGAAGAGAACAGCGAUGACGAGUGGGAAGGGAUCGACGAAGAUGGCAAGGCAGACGGCAUGGAUGGUGCACUCGGCGAACUCAGCAAGAUGGUCAGAGUGAGGAAGGCAAAGCCCGCAGAUGGAAAAAUGAAGUUGAAGACGCUCAAAUCACGACCUGGUGCUCUGAANAGAAAGCAAAAGAUGGAGGAGAGUGAGAAGGAGAGAUUUGGAAAGAACUUGGCAAGCAUGAGUGUGCCUAGUCAAGCCGCCCCUGACGCCAGCGGUUCGUCCAACAGGUGGGCUGCUCUUCGUGGCUUCAUCGGUCAGACUCUGGAGCAAAACCCUGGCUUUGCGAAGAAGGCCUGA